CCUGCCAGCCAUGGGCCAGUAGUCUCCACACAAAGCCAGGAUUCAGCGCUCGGGAGCGACACUCGGGCCUGGGCGCCCGCACUCUCGAGGUUCGCAUAGAAGCCGCGUGGGAACCCGCGGGGGCGCGACGGCCGUCAACGCGCAGGCGUCAGUCUUCCCUUCGGGACACUGCAAUUCCCAUAAGGCCGUGCCUCGUCCCCCGCGCCUCGGAGGCCCGGGAGCGGCGCCCGCUGCGACGGCCUUGGGGACGCUCGCCGCACUGCAUUAUGGAAUACAUAGUCUAAUAGAAAACGUCCUGGGGCACAAAUUCCCGACCAAGCCCACGUGUUUACCUUGUGCACUGGGGGGUGGGGGACGUCAAUGAAGAGUAGCUACUAGAUUUCGUCAUAAAACGGCGACCAGACAGGCGGCGCCAUCUUCGAACUUGGACUUCCGGAAGGACUUUGGUGAGGGGGCAGCCAUUUUUUGGGGUGCUGAUGGAUACCUACGGGGUCGGCUAUAUGGCUCUGGAGGAGGCCGGCCCCGUGGGGAACAUGACUGUGGUAGACUCUCCUGGACAAGAGGUGCUGAACCAGCUUGACGUCAAGGCCUCCUCAGAAACAACCAGUGUGGAGGCUUCCAUAGAGAUGCCAUUAUCUACCCCUUUCCCUGGAUAUGAGGAUUCUCUCGAUGAGAGGAGGCUCCUUCCAGAGCAGGAAAGCCUCUCCAGACUGCAACAGCAAGAUCUUUCUUCAGAGAUGUCAAAGGUCCCAAAGCCUAGGGCCUCAAAGCCUGGCCCGAAGAGAGGUGGUAGGACACGGAAAGGCCCCAAAAGGCCCCAGCAGCCUAAUUCUCCAUCAGCCCCUCGGGUUCCUGGUCUCUUAGAUCAAUCCAACCCUCUGUCCACCCCCAUGCCUAAGAAACGAGGUCGAAAGUCCAAGGCAGAUCUGCUACUGCUGAAGUUGUCCAAAGGCCUAGAUCAGCCAGAGUCUCCACAUCCAAAGAUGCCCCCUGAGGACUUUGAGACCCCUCCUGGGGAACGACCCCGCCGAAGGGCUGCCCAAGUGGCACUUCUGUAUCUUCAGGAACUGGCGGAAGAGCUCUCAACAGCCCUGCCUACUCAAGUGUCCUGUCCUGAGGGCCCCCAGGUGAGCAGCCCUACCCAACCGAAGAUAAUCCAGCCGCAGGCAGCCUGUCUCCGUGGAGAAGGGGAUAACACCACACGGGAUGAAGACUUUGUUCUCCAGGUUGAGGCUGAAGAAGCAGAAGAAAGCGAGGCCCCAAGUGAGAACUCUUCUGACCCCGAGCCUGCAGCACCCCGAAGCACUGCCCGAGGAUCUACUCAGAAGCAGAAGCCACAUGUUCGGGGAAUGGCUCACAAUGGCUUACCAAAUCACAUCAUGGCCCCUGUUUGGAAGUGCCUUCAUCUCACCAAGGAUAUCCGAGAUCAAAAGCAUUCAUACUGGGAGUUUGCGGAGUGGAUUCCUUUAGCGUGGAAGUGGCGCUUGUUAUCUGAACUUGAGGCAGCUCCCUACCUGCCCCAGGAGGAGAAGUCUCCGCUGUUUUCUGUACAACGUGAAGGACUUCCUGAAGAUGGCACCCUCUACAGAAUAAACAGAUUUAGCUCUAUCACUGCACACCCAGAGCGCUUGGAUGUGUCUUUCUUCACUGGGGGCCCACUCUGGGCUCUGGACUGGUGCCCAGUGCCAGAGGGGUCAGCAGCCUCGCAGUAUGUGGCUCUUUUCUCCAGCCCUGACAUGAAUGAGACACAUUCACUGAGCCAGCUGUAUUCGGGCCCUGGGCUGCUCCAGCUCUGGGACCUUGGGACCUUGCAGCAAGAAAGCUGUCUUGGCAACAGAGCCCACUUUGUCUACGGGAUAGCUUGUGACCACGGCUGCAUCUGGGACCUCAAGUUCUGCCCCAGUGGAGCAUGGGAACUUCCAGGCACCCCUCGGAAGGCUCCUCUCCUGCCCCGACUGGGUCUCCUGGCUCUUGCCUGCUCAGAUGGGAAGGUGCUGCUGUUCAGCCUGCCCCAUCCCGAGGCCCUGCUGGCUCAGCAGCCCCUAGAUGCAGUGAAGCCUGCCAUCUAUAAGGUUCAAUGUGUGGCAACCCUCCAGGUAGGGUCUAUGCAAGCUUCAGACCCCUCUGAGUGUGGUCAGUGCCUUAGCCUGGCUUGGAUGCCUACCCGGCCCCACCACCACCUGGCUGCUGGAUAUUACAAUGGCAUGGUGGUUUUAUGGAACCUUCCCACAAACUCACCUCUGCAGCGGAUACGGCUCUCUGAUGGCUCCUUGAAGCUCUACCCUUUCCAGUGUUUCCUAGCCCACGACCAGGCUGUGCGUACUCUUCAGUGGUGCAAAGCUAACAGUCAUUUCCUAGCCUCUGCAGGGAGUGACCGGAAAAUCAAAUUCUGGGACCUUCGACGACCUUAUGAACCAAUAAACUCUAUCAAGCGCUUCUUGAGCACAGAGCUGGCCUGGCUGCUCCCCUACAAUGGUGUCACUGUGGCUCAGGACAACUGCUAUGCCUCUUAUGGACUCUGUGGAAUUCACUACAUUGAUGCUGGUUACCUUGGUUUCAAGGCCUAUUUCACUGCUCCUCGAAAAGGCACUGUCUGGAGUCUUUCAGGAUCUGACUGGCUCGGGACAAUAGCUGCAGGAGAUAUAUCUGGAGAGCUCAUUGCAGCUAUAUUGCCUGAUAUGGCACUGAACCCAACAAAUGUCAAGCGACCUUUAGAUCGAAGAUUCCCUAUAUAUAAGGCAGAUCUGAUACCAUAUCAGGACAGUCCUGAAGGUCAAGACCACACUUCUGCUUCAUCUGGGGCCCCAAACCCUCCCAAGGCUCGAACUUACGCUGAAACGGUCAACCAUCAUUACUUGCUGUUUCAAGACACAGAUUUGCGUUCGUUCCACGGUCUGCCCCACAGAGAACCGAUGCUGCGCAUGCAGGAGGGAGAGGGGCAAACACGGCUCUGCCUGGACCGGCUGCAGCUGGAAGCUAUUCAUAAGGUACGUUUCAGUCCAAACCUGGACUCUUACGGAUGGCUGGUCUCUGGAGGGCAGUCGGGGCUGGUUCGGAUCCAUUUUGUCCGUGGACUCACCUGUCCACUGGGCCACCGUAUGCAGCUUGAAAGCCGAGCCCAUUUCAGUGCUAUGUUCCAGCUGGCCUCCCCCUCUCCAGGGCCUGGCUUUCCUCCAACCAGCCAUUGCCUUCUGCCCGGUCCCUAGUCAUGGUCCCCGCAGGACCCUUGGAAUGAAGUCUGCCGAGAACAAUUGGCUCCGAGCACACAGCCAUAGGAACUGGGGCCUUCCUGGACAGUGAUGCUGCCAGGUCUGGAUCUUUAGACCUGCCUCCCCAGGACCCCUUAGAUCCCUCUCCUUCCACAGACUUCUCCUGUCAUCAUGGCCCCCCGCGGGCAGGGGGGUUCUCCCUCCACAAACUCUCAAGUCUCAGCAUAAAACUAUGACUCACAAGAAACACUCAGCCUGACCUAGGCUUGGGAGUCAAAUUGCUCAUAUUGAGCAUAUUGUGAAGUGGGUAAAGCUAAGUAAAGGUACUGGGUGUUUUUGAGACCACAUGUGAGUGGGUGUUUGGAGAACUGGAAAGGGUAUCUGCAUGAAGGCUCCUGUCUGACUAUGUUCUGGAUCCAAUAUUACUGCCUUCCUAACUUCCUCUUUAGAGUACCCAACACACAGGCCCACGAGCAGGUGAUGGUAACUCAUUGGACUGAAGCUGCUUAUAGGACUUCCUUAACUAAGGAACACACCACAGACGCCCUGCCAACAGAAGAGUGGCUCAGAUCUUACUUGCUCCUGCUUAUGAAAUAUUCCCAAUCACUGGUCAUCUGACCCUUCUUGAGCACUCCUAGACAGUCAUGUUUUUAAAAUCUUCCUUUAUAUCAAGUCAAAGAGUAUACCUCUAUACAUUUUACCAUGGGUGUUAGGAAAUCUAGUCACUCUUCCCUGUGAUUGCUCUUUUAAGUAUUUAAAAAUAGCUAUCAUGUGUUUCUCAAGUCUUUUCUUCUCUAGAUUAAAUAUCAUCAAUUACUUUAA